AUGGGGCUUCUCAGCAUCAUAAAAAAAGUCAAGGCCAAGGAGCGCGAGCUCCGCGUCCUCAUGGUCGGCCUCGAUAACGCCGGGAAGACGACGAUCGUGAAACGAGUGAACGGGGAACCGAUCGAUGAAAUCUCCCCGACGCUCGGGUUCAACAUCAAGACGAUGACGUUCGGCGCGUACUCGUUGAACAUCUGGGACGUAGGCGGACAGAAAACGCUGCGGUCGUAUUGGAAAAACUAUUACGAAGCGACGGAUGCACUGAUUUGGGUCGUGGACAGCGCGGACGGGCGACGGAUGCGAGACUGCGCUCGCGAACUCGCGGGCGUGCUCGGCGAGGAGAAGCUCGCGGGGGCGAGCGUUUUGAUUUUCGCGAAUAAGCGCGAUAUUCAAGGCGCCAUGGACGUGGAUGCUAUGGUGGAUGCGUUAGGGUUGAAGACGCUGGUGAAUCGGCACUGGAACAUCGUCGCGUGCUCGGCGGUGACCGGCGAAGGGUUACUCGAGGGGUUCGACUGGCUCGUGAAAGACUGCGCGGAUAGGAUUUACAUGUUCGAUUAG